GCCUGGCUCACCCACAGCUCAGGCUAUAGCAGUAACGGCUCAGGUCCAAAGACGGAAAUGGAAAUUGCUCAUGUCGAGAUUCCGAUAUCGAAUGAGCUGUUUCAUCACUGCAUGUUCGCAUCUUUUACCGCAGCUCUCGUAUGUGGAGGAGCACUGAGAAAAGUCUCCGUCGGUCGAUUCUUGGUCUUCAUAACUAUAUGGUCUAUUCUAGUCUAUGAUGUGGUCGCGCGGUGGUCGUGGCACCCCGAUGGUUGGUCGAAAAAACUCGGUUCGAUGGACUUUGCAGGCGGAACUGCAGUUCACAUAACUUCGGGGACAACAGUUGCAGCAAUCUCUGCCUUCUAUGCCUUCGAAACACGAGGCUUCCUGCAAUGUAUGCAACGCUUCAAACACAUAGUUGCGGGGCUCGUGAAUUCCGCAUUAUGCUGCUGCAAGUCCUCCAGAAAGGAACACAACACUCGCGCACAAGGAGCCGCAUACGAAAUGAGAAAUGGCGAAGAAGGAACUAACGGAAAUGCCGAUAUGGCAGCUGGGCAGGAUCAUGAGACAGAAGCUCCAGCAGCAUCGUUAGAAGUCGAGGAUGACGCACCUCAUAACAUCAAUAAUGUUGUUCUCGGCACAGCGCUUCUAUGGAUUGGAUGGUUUGGUUUCAAUGGCGGCUCCGCGCUGGGAGGCAAUCUGCGUGCGGUAUUGGCAAUCACCUCAACACACAUAGCAGCUUGCUCGGGAGGAAGUGCCAACAUCCUUCUUUUCUGGUUGUUCAAUAACCUCGCUCAAAAAUAUCCUCGCGGCCCUGUCUCUCGGAAACUCUCCAUUAUGUGGUUCUGCGACGGGGCCAUUAUAGCGCUUGUGGCAAUUACUCCUGCGGCUGGAUAUGUCCCCGUUUGGAGCUCCCCAAUCUUUGGCUUAGUUUCCUGCAUCUUUGUUUAUUUGCUGAGGAGACCAGCAAGAGUUGUCUUGAGGGAUGAUAUAUUAGACGUUUUUCCUAUCCAUGCCGGAGGGGGAUGGAUUGGAAUGCUACUAACAGGCUGCUUUGCCGAGCAAUCAGUUGUUGGGCUGGAUGGGUAUUCGGCCAUACCAGACAGAUCUAUUGCAGAGCGACUUCGUUACCAAAUGCUGGAUGCUUUCGCCGGACUACUCUACACCUUUUUCGUGACAAUGGCUAUCUUAUAUGGACUCAAAAUUCUUCGCAGCAUAUUACGCUGUCGUUGGGAACCCGUAUUCGAGAGUAACAGGCCAGUUCAAGACAAGAUUGAAGCUACUGUCCAGUAUAUGUGGCGGCCCAAAGAUGGGAAUAUAGUUUAAUAUCUUUUUGAGUGCCAAAAUAUGCUUCGUUUAGACCCCUCAGACAACAGCCCAAGGUUUUAAUUAUAUUAUACUGGACGUGUACCUAUCUUGAC